GAAGACGGUAUUUUCAAGUCAACAAAUUAUUAAACGUUAAAAAAUGGCUACUUAUUUUGGAGAGGUUGUAUUCCCAUCAUCUCGGGCAUUUUGGGAUGAAAAUGAGGGAGAGGAAUUAACUGAUGAAUUGCAAGAAGAAUUGAAAAUUAAUAUUAAUUGGUUAAAGGAUAAACCUAUAUCUAUGAAGAAACUUAUAUUAGUAGAAGGGGAAAUAAUAAUUGGUACUGACAUGAAAAAUUUUUUAAAAGAGGGUUUAUGUCAUGAUGCUAAGGAAAUAUGUACUAUACAAGAUGAGUGUAAUAAGGAACUUGCCGUAAUAUAUCAAGUUAAUGAAGAUCUUUAUGUCUGUAUUAUAGCACGCAAUUUCGAUACAAAACUUGCAGGUGAAUUUGUAAUAAAGAUAAGCGACAUUUUGUCCAUUUCAAAAAGUAUAUAUUUAAUAACCUGGAGACACGUAUCACAAUAUAAAAGUGCAAACAUACCAAAUGUACCUUCUUUUCUACGAUGCUUAUAUACAAAGAAUGCAAGUGAUCUAUGCAAAUCACACAAAGAAAUCUUAGAAAAGCCAAAUAUUAUAUAUGGAGUUGCGGCAGGAAUUUUAUCUUUUGCUCAAAUGAUGGAAUACCAGUCUGUUCUUUAUGUUUUAUAUACAGACAGUUUCGUGUUAGAUUCCUUAGCUGCAGAACCCCUUAUCGAAAUAUUCGCAGAAAUAAGUAAUCAAGAUCUACACAAUAUUACAUUUAUUGGGAAGAGCUUUUUUAAUAAAGGAAAUCUUUACAUAUAAAA